AUGAAAAUUAUCCUUCGUCGAACUGUUGAAGCUCAAGUUUUUAUUGAUAAUCCAUUUGAUCAUCCAAAUGAUUCAUUUCAUGUUGAUAUAUUCGCAGAUGAUAAUAAUUAUCAUGUGACAAUAACUGAUGAUUGGCUUCUUGUUUUAAUUGCCAUUGAUCGACUGAUUCGUGCACGUUUUCCAUAUCGACAAGCACAAGUAUGUACAAAAACAGUGGCUGGCUGGUCAAUUGCCGUUGUAGCAAAAGUCGGUAUUUGUGGUACGGGUUCAUCACAAGAUGUUCCAAUUGAAUGUGAAUAUACAGCACAAGAAUUAGAUGAUUGUGAACAUGUUAUUAAACAACUCGCUGAUUAUUCUCUUUCAUAUGGCCUUGUUAGAAUGUAUGGCCAUUGUGCUGGCGAUCCAUGCUCAACAUACAAUGACUGUGAUGGAUCAAUGAUCUGCUUAAAUGGAAAAUGCGGUGACGUUGGUAGUACUGUAUGCAACACACCGUGUACGUGGAUUGAUCAUUGUUGUGGAGAUUCAUGCUCGACAUAUGACGAUUGUGAUGGAUCGUUGAUUUGUGUAAAUGGCAAAUGCAGUAGUGAUUCAUCGUCAAAUGGUGGUGGUGAUGGAACAUGUUCACCCUCUGGUGUGUUGCAAGGCACUCAUACUUUAUGCAACACAGAAAAUUUCUCUACAUGCUGUAAAUCGAACGUCAAUUACACUCAAUAUACGUGUUCUCCAUCAUCAACUUCUUCAGCUAUUCUCACAUUAAACAGUUUCCGAGAGGGCGGUGACGGUGGCUUUGGUGGCGCAUGCUAUGGAGCUUUUUAUCCAGACACACAACGUGUUGUCGCUUUGUCAACGGGAUGGUUUAAUCGAGGUAGCCGAUGUGGAAAAAUGAUUACGAUACAUGGAAAUGGAAAGACAACAACAGCUGAGGUCGUCGAUGAAUGCGAUUCAGUACAUGGUUGUGACGAUGAACAUGCCGGACAACCCCCGUGUCGUAAUAACAUUGUUGAUGGAUCGCCAGCUGUAUGGCAAGCACUUGGUGUGUCGAAAAACGAUCCUCGGUACGGACAAUUAAGUGUUUCAUGGAAUGGUUAA